CGCCCACCCCGCCCACCCGGCAAGCUCAUCAGCGCAGGCAACUGCCCCAGCCCCUCCUGGAGCUGGGCAGCAGGACGCGAAGUUUCAACCCCAAACCAAUCCUCUAAUCCCUGUCUUUCUAGGGACCAGCCCCAUCCGUAGGCUCUCUAGGGGGUUCCGCCUCAUGCGCUUAAACUCAGGCGUCCCGAAGGCAGCCUCUGGGGCCGCAGCCCCCACUGCGACCUGGGGAGCUGGACCCCACCCCUCGCCGCAGUGCCUCGCAGUCACACACCCUCGCCCCGCUGACCAAUCCUAAACUUCCCGGCGGGACUCCGGUUGCGGUCCUCCCGCAACGCAGGGACCGGAAGUUAGGAACCCAGCGCUCAGGGGCCCGCGACCGCCGCCCGCAGUGCUCCGUCCCGUGCUCGCUCUCUGAGGGGCCUGAGCCUUGAACCCAGGGCCCCAGCUCCAGGUCGUGUUUCUGUGUUGGCUUUCAGUUUGCAAACCACAGGACUUCACUGUGGUAAAGUUGAACAGAAUUUAGGGGUCGUUUGGCCCAGGCCUUCCACAUCGCAUGCAUGACUGAAUAAUUGUUCGGAAGGCUCAGAGGCCGCUCUCUCCUUUCUGGGGUGCGAAUUAGGGUCAAGACCGGCAGGUGCAGUAUGUCCACAGCGAUGCCCCUUAAUCCUGGCUGUGCUGACCAAGGGCUCCCAGCCCCAGCCAGCUGUCAGACCCUGGGUUAAGAUGGCAGAAGAGGAAGGUGAUGUGGAUGAGGGGGAUGUAUUCCUAGCAUUUGCCCAGGGGCCCUCUCUUCCCAGGGGUCCCAUUCAACGCACCUUGGACAAGGUCUUCUUCAUCUUCCUCACCCUCUUUCUGACCCUGCUCAUGCUGGAGGCCGCUUACAAGCUUCUGUGGCCACUACCAUGGGCCAAGUUUGGGGACUGGCUCUUGGGGACCCCCCCGAAGGAGGAGGAGCUGGAGUUGUGACCGCAGCGUCUUUGCCUGCCACAGAGGUGCUGGUGUUGUUGGUCCCUUGCAAGGGACACCAGUGUCCCCUAUAGAGUACUGGUUCAAGUCCCAGCUCCUGUGUUCCUGACCAAAAUUCCUGCUGAUGCACCUGGGAAAACAAUGGAAGAUGACCCAAGUACAUGCCACCCAUAUGGGAGACCCAGAUGAAGCUCUUGGAUUCUGACUUUGGACUGGCCCAACCCUGGCUCUUGUGGACAUUUGGGGAGUGGACAAGCUGACGGAAGAUUUCUUUCUGUGUGUCUCUCCUUCUGUGUCACUCUGCCUUUCAAAUAAAUCCUUAGUGGCCAGCACUGUGGUGUGAUAGGAUAAGCCUCUGCCUUCAUCAGUGGCAUCCUGUGUUGCUGACAGUUCGAGUUCCGGCUGCUUUACUUCCCAUCCAGCUCUCUGCUAUGGCCUAGGAAAGCAGUGGGAGAUGGCCCAAGUCCUUGGUCCCUUUACCCACGUGGGAGAACUGAAAGAAGCUUCUGGAUCCUGGCUUUGGAUCAGCUCAUCUCUGGCUGUUAUGGACAUUUGGAGAGUGAACCAGUGGAUGGAAGACCUUUCUCUCUGUCUCUCCCUCUCACUGUCUGUAACUCUACCUCUCAAAUAAAUAAAAAAGUUCAAAAAUCU